AGUCGGAGUCGCUCUCCUCCCUCCCCGAGGUGGGGGUCGCCGGGGUGCCAGUGGGUCCUCAGACGCGUUCCCGUCACACGCCUCCACGCAUUUGCGCGCGUAUCUAUCGCCCGCAGCCGCGCAGGCGCGGUCCCAUCUCCACUUCCGCCUCCGGUCGCUUCCGCCCUCUACGGGGGCCGCCAGAGGAGGGUAUGCUACACACCUCAAGAUGUGGGUCUCUGGCCUUUGGCCAGGAAUAAGCCCCCAAGCUUCCCUGUUUUUAGAAGCCACUGUCUGAAGCAAGAUCCCUCCUGGUCACUCUUCUCUCCAACCUUUCUUGACAAUGUCUACCCUGAUUCUCAACUUGGACUUUGGGGACUGUCCUCCCCCAAAGAAGGCAACUGAGGGAAACCACAAGCACCAGCGUUUCAUCCAGCGACAACGGCGGUUACAGAGGAACUUUAAGCAGAAACAGAUGCAGGUCCCUGCCAGGCCUUCAGGAUCAGGGCAUUCUAAACUCCAAAAUAAGGGGGGGGCCCUUAGCACAAAUAAUAAACAGAAACUCCAUCCCCUCCUGCAACCUAUAGGGGAGACACCCAGUCAGAAAAAUGGAAUUGAGAAGCCCUUGAGUAGGAAAGUAUCAACAGUGUCUUGGUUGACACCUGCUCCUUCACGGAAGACCAGUUCAGUAUCUGUGGCAUCUAAAGUAGAUCUCCUGUCAGAGUUCCAGAGUGGCCUCCGCCCUCUCCCACCUGCCCGAACCCUCCCACCUGCAUCAGAGAAGAGUUGCAACAAGAAAAUGGUAGCUCUUGAUUGUGAGAUGGUGGGCACAGGGCCUAAAGGCCAUACCAGUUCUUUGGCCCGAUGUAGCAUUGUAAGUUACAAUGGUGACGUGUUAUAUGAUGAAUACAUUCGUCCUCCCUGCAAAAUUGUGGACUACCGGACCAAGUGGAGCGGUAUCAAAAAGGAGCACAUGGUUAAUGCCACCCCUUUCAAGGCAGCCCGGAAAGAGAUCUUGAAAAUACUCCUUGGCAAGAUUGUAGUGGGCCAUGCCAUCCACAAUGACUUCAAAGCCCUCCAUUACUUUCACCCCAAGCCCCUUACCCGAGACACUUCCAGAAUCCCUAUCCUUAAUUCCCGGGCUGGCUUCCCUGAGAAUGAGUCAAUCUCUUUGAAGCGUCUGACCAAGCAGCUGCUCCAUCAGGACAUUCAGGUAGGGAAGAGCGGGCAUUCCUCAGUUGAAGAUGCCAAGGCAACCAUGGACCUCUACAAGUUGGUGGAAGUUGAGUGGGAGCAGCAGCUGGCCCGAUCUCCUCCCUCUCAGGAAUAGGGGAAGUGGGGUUGUGAGACUGGUAGUCAUUGCAGAGAGAAGGCAUCAAACUGAGGGUAAACAGCUACCCCAGGGGGAGCAGACUAUCCAACAGCCCAAAACUUAGGCUGGAGCUGUUGGGAAAUGAGUCUAACCCAGACCGAAUCUCUCCAACCAUAGACCAUUGAAAUUUUUACCACAGGUAUUGUGUCCUACUUGUCUAGAGUGUUUCCCCUCUCAGUCCCAGUGAAGGGGUGUGGGGUAAGGGGAAGCUCCCUACGUUGAAAGCCAGCCCCUUGCUACCCACCCCUUAGCAUUGGUGUUUUAGGCUGGUCACCAGUCCCAGCAUUCUUUGCUUUAGCCAGGCAGCUUGGCUAACAGAACAAUGCUGGGAUGUGUAGUUUCCCCAAUCUCCCCUAAAGCAUUAUGGCUGUGAUUAAGUACUUUUGUCCCAAAGUACCAUCAGCUAAUACCACUUUUAGCCCAGGACCCUCUUCUCCCCAGCUUUGAUACCUGAAGGAGCCACCUCUGAUUAUCAGUUGAUUCCCUGUUUUUUCACUGGGUAAUGGGAAGCAAGAAAAUCAACUUUUUCAUGGUUACAUUUUAAAAAAAUACCCUCUUUCCUAAGGGGAAGAGGUAUUUAUUUGAGUCCCAGGUGCCUGCUGAGAAAGCAUUUAUGUUUUCAAUGCUCCCUCCUUCAUGUUAAGUGAAGCCUCUAAAUGUCCAAGUUACUGCCUUGUAAACUCACAAAGGAAUUUUUAUAAAGGAAGAAGUAUUGUUUUUUGCUACUCAUUAAACAGAUUCAGGACAGUGUAUUUUGUAAAAGAAUGUAUAAUAUGGGCUAGCUACAAGUAAUUCAGUAAAGGAGUUUCCUGGUUUGUGAAUUUGAAAA